AUCUGCUUUACCUCCACAAGUUUUAACCCAUUAUUAGUAAGACGUCUCAAUAUAAUCCGCAAUUCAUCUGAUUUUUUUUCUUUUGUUUCGUCCAAAAAAGAGUUUUCCUCUUUUUUGCUUUCUUUACCACUGGUUUUUAUAUUAGAAAAAAUGAUGACCGAUGAACAGCCUUUUGAGUUUGCACCUCAAACAGAUGAAUAUACACAACUUCUAACUGAUUUACAUAACGAAUACUGUAUGGAGCAACCCGCCGAUGUUCUCCAGUUCUGUUCGAAUUUCUUUAUCCGUAAACUCGAGGAACAACGUAUGGCAUAUAGAAACAGCAACAGUAACAAUAACCAGAUGUUUGAUACCAAUACCAAUGAUUUGCAUCCUUUGUGUGAGCAACAGGCACAGCAGCUUGACCAUGUAGAACAUCAAGCUAUUAAUUGGGGUGACACUCAUAUGAGUCACCAAGAUGAACAAGACGAGGAGGAUGAAGAUGAAGAUGAAGAUGAUGAAGAACAUGACAAUUUCUCAACCGAACCUUUGCCUUCUUUACCCCCUACAAAUUAUAACCGUGGUAGACGUACUUCUGUUAGUGCUGAAUCCAUGGCACCAAGUGCCAAUCAAGACUUUGUUAAGCUUGUUAUUCCCAAGUCCCAAACACAAGCUGAACGUAUCAAAGUUAGUAUAGGAAAUAACUUCUUGUUUCGCAAUUUAGACGAGGAGCAAUAUUUAGACGUCGUUAACGCCAUGUCUGAAAAACGCGUUCCCAAUGAAACAACAGUUAUUGAGCAAGGUGGUGUUGGAGAUUUUUUCUAUGUAGUUGAGUCAGGCACUUUGGAUUGUUUUAUUGGUGAAACUAAAGUAACAAAUUACGAAGCAGGUGGUAGCUUUGGUGAAUUAGCUUUAAUGUAUAACGCACCUCGUGCCGCAACAAUUAUUACAACCUCAGAUUCUGUUCUUUGGGCUUUAGAUCGUAUUACUUUCAGAACUAUUCUUAUGGAAAACACAUCGCGUAAAAGACGCAUGUAUGAAAUCUUCUUGUCUGAAGUCAACUUGUUAAAAUCACUUGAAUCUUAUGAACAACACAAAAUCGCUGAUGCCUUGGAAUCUGUUUAUUUCGAGGAUGGACAGGAGGUUGUAAAGCAGGGUGACGUAGGAGAUCAAUUUUAUAUUAUUGAGUCUGGUGAAGCAAUCGUAUUAAAAACUAAUGCUGAUGGCAUUCAAAACAAAGUAAAUCAACUGGAGAGAGGCUCCUAUUUCGGAGAGUUGGCUUUAUUAAAUGAUAGUCCUAGAGCUGCUACUGUUGUGGCACAUGGUAGACUCAAAUGUGCUACUCUUGGUAAAAAAGCAUUCACCCGUCUUCUCGGUCCUGUAUUGGACAUUUUAAAGCGUAACUCUGAAAACUAUCACGCCAUCAUCAACCAACAACAAUCAUAGCCUGUUUAUAAAGUAUAGAAUUUAUUUGUGUAUUGGGCACUUUUUAUUUUUAUUUCCCUCGUGCCCUUAUGAAAAUAAUAAAAACUAGGUUUAUAUUUUAUUCAUUUCA